UGGUUGUGUUGUGUCUUAUUUCUGAUUACCUUAUCUGAACAGGGUACUGAGAAAGGGGAAAGAUGGCAAUGGCAUCUGUGGCUCAGCAAUUGAGUGCUGUUCGGUGGUCUCCAAUGCUAUGGAGGCGGAGCCAGAAGCAGAGGCGCGGUGCUGGUACCAUCGUCUGUUCGGUUGCAAUCUCGAACGCACAGAACAAAGAGAGAGCCAAGCUCAAACAGCUCUUUGAAGAUGCUUACGAGAGGUGCCGCACUGCUCCUACAGAUGGUGUUUCCUUCACCCUCGAGCAGUUCACUACCGCUCUCGAGAAGUAUGACUUCGAUGCUGAGAUUGGGACCAAGGUUAAGGGCACUGUGUUUGGUACUGAUGCCAGUGGAGCUUAUGUUGAUAUGACUGCAAAGUCUACGGCAUACUUGCCCCUCCAAGAGGCAUGCAUCCACAAAAUUAAGCAUGUUGAAGAAGCAGGUUUAGUUCCAGGCGUGAGAGACGAAUUUGUAAUCAUUGGUGAAAAUGAAUCUGAUGAUACCUUGUUCUUGAGUUUAAAGUCUAUUCAGUUUGGGCUUGCAUGGGAACGCUGUAGACAGCUUCAGGCUGAAGAUGCUGUUGUCAAGGGUAAAAUUGUUAAUGCAAACAAAGGUGGUGUGGUGGCUGAAGUGGAAGGCCUUAAGGGGUUUGUUCCAUUCUCACAGAUAUCAACGAAAUCGACUGGAGAAGAGCUUCUUGAGAAGGAGAUUCCUCUAAAGUUUGUGGAGGUGGAUGAGGAACAGUCUAGACUCAUCCUCAGUCACCGGAAAGCUGUGGCCGACAGCCAGGGACAGCUAGGAAUUGGAUCAGUAGUCACCGGAUCUGUGCAAAGCCUAAAGCCAUAUGGUGCCUUCAUCGACAUUGGUGGGAUCAGCGGCCUCCUUCACGUCAGUCAGAUCAGUCAUGAUCGUAUAACUGAUAUUUCAACUGUUCUUCAACCCGGUGACAUUCUGAAGGUGAUGAUAUUAAGUCAUGAUCGGGAGAGAGGCCGAGUAAGUCUUUCAACAAAGAAGUUAGAACCCACACCUGGAGACAUGAUUCGCAAUCCAAAGCUUGUCUUUGAGAAGGCGGAAGAGAUGGCUCAGACAUUCAGACAGAGAAUAGCCCAAGCAGAAGCUAUGGCUCGUGCUGAUAUGCUUAGGUUCCAGCCAGAGAGUGGAUUAACUCUCAGCAGUGAUGGGAUCUUAGGACCACUUGGUUCAGACUUACCUGCAGAGGGGCUUGAUCUGAGUGAUGAAGUAUCCCUACCUGAGUGAUUCAUAAUUGAGAAUUCAGAACCUGCUCCCCCUCCCCUCUUUUUCUCUUCUUUUUGUACCUUGCUCUAAAUAUUGUUGUACAAUGAUAAACCUAACGUUUUCUUUUCUCACAGCAUAAAAAUGAACAACUCCAUUCUCUGUA